CAGGAAACUGACGUCACCAAACCGGAUUUUUGUAGAGGCGGGUUGGAAGAGAAGCUUCUGGAAGAGUCUCUGUGAACUGAGGUUGUGAGGAUUCAAACUACUGUUUCAUACGAGGUUAUCCAUCAAAGACAAACAUGGUCAAAGAAACCGGCUUCUAUGACACAUUAGGCGUGAAAGCCAAUGCCACCCCUGACGAACUGAAGAGGGCCUAUCGCAAACUCGCUUUAAAAUAUCACCCUGACAAAAAUCCCACUGAAGGAGAGAAAUUCAAGCAGAUCUCACAGGCAUAUGAGGUUUUGUCAGAUGCCAAGAAGAGAGAAGUAUAUGACCGUGGAGGUGAAAAGGCUAUAAAGGAAGGAGGGACAGGUGGUGGCGGCGGCGGUGGGGGGAACUUUGCAUCACCCAUGGACAUCUUUGACUUGUUUUUUGGUGGAGGGAGCCGGAUGCACAGAGAGCGUAAAGGGAAGAACAUUGUUCAUCAGAUAACAGUGACGCUGGAAGACCUUUAUAAUGGAGCUACAAGAAAACUUGCUCUCCAGAAGAAUACUAUUUGUGAGAGAUGUGAAGGUCGUGGGAGUAGAAAAGGAGCUGGACAGAUGUGCAUGUCUUGCCACGGCACAGGCAUGCAAGUCCGCAUGCACCAGCUGGUACCAGGCAUGGUGCAGCAAGUGUCCACAGUGUGCCACAGCUGUCAGGGGCAAGGACAGAGAAUCAGCCACAAGGACCGCUGCAAAGCAUGCGCAGGGCGAAAGAUCCUGCGCCAGAAGAAGAUUUUGGAGGUCCACAUUGACAAAGGAAUGAGAGAUGGUCAGAAGAUCGUUUUCCACGGAGAAGGAGACCAGGAGCCGGGAAUUGAGCCAGGUGACAUCAUCAUUGUCUUGGACCAGAGAGAACAUUCACAUUUCACCAGGAAAGGAGAGGACCUGGUCAUGUCAAUGGAGUUGCAGCUGGUUGAGGCUUUAUGUGGUUUCAAGAAACCUGUUCAGACACUAGACAACCGAACACUCCUCAUCACCUCACAUCCAGGGGAAUUGAUCAAGCCUGGAGACACAAAGUGCGUCUUGAAUGAAGGGAUGCCCAUGUAUCGCCGACCGUUUGAGAAGGGACGCCUUAUUGUUCACUUUUCGGUGGUGUUCCCACAAGCCAACUUCCUUUCCGAGGACAAACUGAAGAUGCUGGAGCGCUACCUCCCAGAAAAGCUGGAUCCAGAGCAGCCGGAGAGUAUGGACGAUGAUCUCUACAUCUACGCCGACCUGGAGGACUGUGACCUUGACAACAGGAAAAGACGCAAUCAUCAGUACUACUACAUGGAAGAAGACGACUAUCCCAGCACAGGGGGCGUUCAGUGCCAGACGUCUUAAAUAACCACUUGCCAGUUCUCAAUCCAGAAGCCAUCCCCUCAUCUUUUAAGUAAAGCACCUUUUUGGAAUUUAGUGCACUUUUUGUUAACUGGUUUUCUUUCGAUCUCAAUCAGAAAACGGUUUCCCAACGAAUGGAGUCGAGUAUCAUAGUUCCAAAAUUAAACUAGAACGGGACUCUUCUUCAUCGCCUGGGCCUUAUUUCAACAAUUCAGUUUUUUUUUUUUCAAUCACACUGUGAUUGGAGAUGUAUGGGUUAUCAGAGGCUUAAGAACCCCCUUGUCUCAACAAAGACUGCCUGCUUUUUAUGCAUUUACACUAAAACGUAUGCCAAUAUUCUAAGAUUAAAAAAUAACCUUUUUUUUAUAGUACUACUAAAUCGGUUGUUGUUGUAAACCAAUUGUUAAUGACUUGUUCAAUCCGUUGUGUGUUUGUGACCCAAUCCUCAGAUGGAGGUGGAUGUGCGUUGAGACUUGAGUUGUACGUUUCUGCUGUUUUACCCUCUCAAGGGCUAUUUUAUAGACAUUUCUUAAGGAUGUGGCAAGAACAUGCAAGUAAGCCGUGAUGGUGAUCGUGGUUCAGGCAUGGCAGUAUUUAGGUUCAAGCCACUAAUGUAGAUUUUUCAAACUACUAUUUAAGUUGGGUUUAAUGUUUUUGAGCUGCGAUCAGUUCUCUGGUGAUGCCACAUUUGUUUUUUGUUUUUUUAACCUAUUGCGUAAUGUAGGACAUCUUAUAUGUAUAAACAAAACCGGUUGAUAUGAGCCAAAUGUGACUGCAUAUUAACAGCAGGGUAGGUAUUCGAUCAAGGAUUGGUAAGAAGUCACUUUAUUUUGAAAUAACAGAUAUGGGGUGUUACCAGUAAGCGGGUUUUCUGGAUUACUCAAAUUCAGAAUGGGUAUUUUAACAUAAUGUUGGUUUUCAAGAUUUUAUGGUUUGGAGUUUUUACUUGGCAAUCUUGGUUAACUUGUUAAAUCCAAUGUCCCACAACGCCUCCAUGGCAAAUGUUUUCCCUCUUUUAGAAGAUCCAUCGCCAAGUUGCACCUAAGUCUUACACGGCAAAAGCGGGAUGGUUCAAGUUGUUUUAAAGAUUGAACGUUCUUGAGAUUAUUUCAGUUCUGUGAUUUUAAAAACAUUUGGAAAUUAGAAAAGAAAUGAAGUUUUUUAAUUGUAAAUGCCAAAUAAGUCGCGAAGUUACGAGGGACUUGAUACCUGCGCGGUUGGUACCUCACUGAUGUGUCUGCUUUAUUUAAAGCCUUAUAACUUAACUUGAAGCUAUAAUGCAGGUUGGUUUUUUUCCAGUGAUUACUUUGCCUUGUGAAACACAACUAUGCUUACAGGAGACUCCUUUCAUUCUUAAUGCAAAUUGAUGAGAACCUAUAACGUCCAGGGAGCUUGACUCAAGGGGUGUGUGUGUGUGUGUGUGUGUGUGUGUGUGUGUGUGUGUGUGUGUGUGUGUGUGUGUGUGUGUGUGUGUGUGUGUGUGUGUGUGUGUGUGUGUGUGUGUGUGUGAGAGAGAGACCCACCCUUAGGACCAAUGAUCUUGUUUAUGGAAAUGUUUUCUAAUUAAAUGCAGUUUGAUGGGCUCUCUAAA